CACAAGAGACUGAUUUCCUUCUCUCGUCUGUCCAGCUUUCACUUUGUCUCCGUCUAAAACUGAAGCAGAACAACCAGAAACUUUUUUCAGGAAGGAUUUUGGAGAAAUUUCUUUUAGUAAACAGAACUUUGUCAUUUUUGCCGUGGUUAAUUUGAAAAAUCGUCAUCUAGAGAGUGAAGAUUUGAUCACUAAAACUCUUAACAGCAGUGAAAAUGGAUUCAGCAUCAGCAGAAGAUUUUACUUGUCCUGUGUGUAAAGGAAACUUCAAGGAUCCUUUUGUUUUAACAUGUAAACACAAAUACUGUACAGAGUGUCUUCGAUCAUCCUGGACAGAUGACGUAACAAAGAAGUGUGCUUUAUGCAAAAGAAGAUCCUCACAUGAGCUUCCUCCAGUUAUGUGCAUUUUACACAAUGUGAAACCCCAGCUCUUCUGUGUGGAGGACCAACAGUAUGUGUGUUUAACGUGUGUUAACUCUGAAGAACACACCAAUCACACAUUCAGAUCCAUCAGAGGAGCCAUUUCAUCAUAUAAGGACACAAAAGAGAGAAGUUCAUCAGAGUCAGAGAAGAUCUGUGGUUUACAUGAUGAGAAACUCCAGCUCUUCUGUCAGGAGGAUGAACAGCAAGUGUGUGUAGAGUGUGUUUAUGCUGAAACACACACCAAUCACUCAUUUAAAUCCAUCAGUGAAGCUGCUUCAACAUAUAAGGAGAAACUUAAAACAGAAAUAAAGUCAUUAGAAGAGGAUCGUAAACACAAAGAAAAUAUUAAAGGAAAGUUUGAGGAAUCAGCUAAACACAUCAAGGUUAAGGUUGACCACACAGAGAAACAGAUUGUACAUCAGUUUGAGACGCUUCGCCAGAAACUCGAAGAGGAAAAACAAGCAGCGAUCGCUGCACUGAGGGAUGAAGAGGAGAAGAUAAUGAAGAAGACAGUGGAGGAGAUCGACAGUCAGAUCUCAACUCUUACAGAUGCAAUCAAAGACACAGAGGAGAUGCUAAAAGCCAGUGAUGACUGCUUACUAAAGGAGGCAGAUGUCUUAAUGAAAAGAGUCCAGAUCUCACAGCUGGAUCCAGAACUGCCAUCUGCAGCUUCAGUAAAUGUGUCACGGUACUUGUGGAACCUGAUGUCCAACAUCAAGAAAAAGAUGGAGGAGACGAUAAAUAACAUUUUUCAGUACAUUCCUGUGUUUUUGGAUCCAAAAACAGCUCAUCCGGAUCUCUUAGUGUCUGAUGAUCUGACCAGUGUGAAGAGAGAGAAGAGUCCUGAUGAUACAGAGAAACCCUACCAUCCGUAUGUUCUGGGUUCAGAGGGUUAUACCUCAGGAAAACACAGCUGGGAUGUGGAGGUGAAAGACAGUAAAUUCUGGACUAUUGGAGUAACGACAGAAUCAAACCACAAGAAGGGAGGUGAUAUCUUUAAGUCUGACAACUGGAGUGUUCACUAUGAUAAUUAUAGUAUGACCACAUGGGCUGGAAUUGCUGUUGGUCAACUUGAGCGUUUGAGAGUUGAACUGGACUAUGAUAUUGGAGCUGUGUCUUUCUCUGACCCUGUAAAAAACACACCUCUACACACAUUCACAACCACCUUCACUGACACUGUCUUUCCUUUCUUUCAUACUCUCGACUCUCUGAAGAUCUUCGGAUUCAGUGGGUAAAUGUAGGUCUGGAUGUUUUAAGUUUUCAUGUUUCUAUUAUUUAAUGCACAAGACAUGAGUUAGGCUGACACUGACAUUCACAUACUGCUGUUAAACAACAGAUCCGUUUUUUUAUUUGUUGAUUUAGUAUGUCUAGUUAUUUUAUUUUUGACCUGAUUGAAACCAAAGCCAAACUGAAGUGAUCAUAUAUAGACAUUUCAUAUGCUUAUAAUGGGGACUUUUAAUCGUCAGUAAUCCAUCUCAAGCGAUUUGGUGAACAGUUCUGCAUUUAAGAUCUAAAAAAAAACAAAGACCCUCACUGCCUGAUUGAUGUCAUGCCAAACAAGAAGCACUACAUCAUGUUUAUAUUUACAUUUAGUCAUUUAGCAGACGCUUUUAUCCAAAGCGACUUACAAAUGAGGACAAGGAAGCAAUUUACACAACUAUAAGAGCAGCAGUGAACAAGUGCUAUAGACAAGUUUCAGGUGUGUUAAGUCUAAGAAGCAAAGCAUUAGUAAUGUGUUUUUUAUUUUGAGAGAGAGAGAGAGAGAGAGAGAGUACAGUUAGUGGUAUAGCCAGAGAGGCAGUUACAGAUUAGGAAGGAAAGUGGAGACUAAACAGUUGAGUUUUUAGUCGUUUCUUGAAGACAGCAUGUGACUCUGCUGUUCUGAUGUAGUUAGGGAGUUCAUUCCACCAACUGGGCAGAUUGAAUGUGAGAGUUCGGAAAGUGAUUUCUUCCCUCUUUGGGAUGGAACCACGAGGCGACGUUCAUUCACAGAACGCAAGUUUCUGGAGGGCACAUAAAUCUGCAGAAGUGAGAGCAGAUAAGAAAGAGCAAAGCCAGAGGUCGCUUUGUAAGCAAACAUCAGAGCUUUGAAUUUGAUGCGAGCAGCAACUGGCAGCCAGUGCAAACGGGUGAGUAGCGGAGUGACAUGUGCUCUUUUGGGUUCAUCAAAGACCACUCGUGCUGCUGCGUUCUGAAGCAGCUGAAGAGGUUUGAUAGAGUUAGCUGGUAGCCCGGCUAGUAGAGAGUUGCAAUAGUCCAGUUUGGAGAGAACAAGAGCUUGAGCAAUGAGUUGUUCCAUUGUUCUGCACCAUGGAAAUUUAUUUUACCAUGAAUUUUAUCACAAAUCAAAAAAAAUUUGAUUGAUUUUUUUUAAUAAAUGAGUGAUUCUGAGUGUUUUGGCCAACAGAGAAGGCUUUACUGGCCACUUAUUGUGUUUGUUUCUUCAUUUUAAGAAGCAUUGCAAGUGCAAUCUUGUUUAUUCUGCUGUGUGUGAAUGUACAACGAAAUCACUCAAAUCAUUUAUAUUAUUGUUAAUGGCUCAAAGCCACUAUGAGUGUAGUGUAUCAGUCAGCAAAAUUAACCAAAAUCAUUCAUUCAUUCAUUUUCUUGUCGGCUUAGUCCCCUGGGGUCACCGCAGCAGAAUGAACCGACAACUUAUUCAGCAUAUGUUUUACGCAGCAGAUGCCCUUCCAGCUGCAACCCAGUACUGGGAAACAUCCAUACACACUCAUUCACACACAUACACUACAGACAAUUUAGCUUACCCAAUUCCCCUAUAGCGCAUGUGUUUGGACUGUGGGGGAAACCGGAGCACCCGGAGUAAACCCACGCCAACACGGGGAGAACAUGCAAAUUCCACACAAAAAUGCCAACUGACCCAGCCGGGGCUCGAACCAGCAAUCUUCUUGCUGUGAGGCGAUUGUGCUACCCAUUGCGCCACCCGACACCCUAAUCAAAAUCAUUUAACAUAUAUUGUUCACAUUUCAGCCUUUAUGUAUUUUGUUUAUAAUUCUUUUAUCAUAUUUCCUUGUUCAUGUCAUGUUUUAGUGUUCUCCACAGACACGAGAAGUGAUCCACGGUCUGUUUCCAUCAGUUCUCUUCGUAAAGGACUUUUAUUUCCUUCCUGUAGGCAAAUGGUGGACUUUAAUUUUGGCAAUUCACACAAGUAAUUGGAGACUUUUAUUCUGACACAUUUUUUUGGGGCACAUUAACAUCUACAAGCCUGCCUGAUUUUGGAGGGAAACUCAGUAUUGACGCCUCUGCUCUCAAAACAUUGUUUCUUGAAACUUCAAAUCUUAAAUGAAUCGUUUGUAGUAAAUCAUUCAUUCAUACAUUUUUUUUUUUUCGGCUUAGUCCCUCAACCGCCAACUUAUCCAGCACGUUUUACGCAGCGGAUGCCCUUCCAGUUGCAAUCCAGUAAUGGGGAAACAUCCAUACACACUCUCAUUUCCACACAUAAACUACAGACAAUUUAGUUUACCCAAUUCACCUAUACCACAUGUCUUUGGACUGUUGGGGAAACCGGAGCACCCGGAGGAUACCUACGCAAACACAAGGAGAACACGCAAACUCCACACAGAAAUGCCAUUGUGCUAACGACUGCGUCACUGUGCUGCCCCUGUGAUGAUUCAAUGGUUCACAAUUAUACACUGCCAAGGUCUUGUGAUUUCAGUAGUUUAAUCAUUUUACUGCAGGGCUGAUGAGCUUUGUGAACCACUGAAUCAAUGAAUCAUGUUGCGGGAUUAUUGAUCAAGCCUCAGAAGCAAAAACAUUUUACUCUUCUGGUCUCUUUUAAAUUCAAGUGUCAUUUACGUACUUUAUGUUGGUUCUUUGUAUAGCAUUCUGUUCUGUUGUUUUUAUAGUUUACAAAUAAAUUGAUUUGAUUAUGUUAUGUCUGCAGCUUCUGAUGAAAAUAAUUCCCAACAAAGUCACAGCUGAGCCGCUGAACAUAUAUAUGCAAUUUUAUUAUCAUUUUCUUAUAAAUGUUUUUACAUUUAUAGUGGACACAGUGGCCAAGAGAGAGCUUAAGUUUCAAAGGGACCCAAAAAUGUGAUGGACCCGGCUGGGAUUUGUUUAUGGUGUCAUGACUAUUGCUCAGCGAAGUUUAGGUGAUAAUUAAAAGGUGAGGGUUUUUGUUGUUGUUCAUUCAUUUUCUUUUCAGCUUAGUCCCUUUAUUAAUCUCGCCACAGCGGAAUGAACCACCAAUUUAUCCAGCAUAUGUUUCAUGUAGUGGAUGCCCUUUCAGUUGCAACCCAGUACUGGGAAACACCCCAACACAGUUAUACAUUUUGGCCAAUUUAGUUUAGCCAAUUCAGCUGUAGCGCAUGUCCCCAUUGUUGUUGAUGUUGUUGUUUAUUUUUACAUCCUGAUUACAUGAUUCCCUUGUCUUUUGUAUACCAUUAGCCUAAAUACCCAUAACCCUAAAUAGCCAGGUCCAUGCCAGUUUUGGGUCCCCUUGAAACAUUUCUUUUGUGUUAUUUUGCUAUUUGCAUGUGUUGUGAACAAUUGCAGUGUGUUUUCUUAAUUUGUUUGCAUUGUGCAGAUUUACAACACAUUUGUUAUCAAACUGAUAAAGUUUUUUUGUUUA